CCCUGCAAAACGCACGCUCUUGUUCCGCCCGCCUCUUUCUGUCUUUUUACACACGCUCUCUCGGCUUGGCCACUCUGCUCAGUACACUGUCUGUUCCCCUUGGCAGGAAGAGAUCAUGGUCUUUGCUUCAGGGGAUAAAUCUGGAAAUGACCAAGAAGAAGCCAAGCUGCAGAAUGCCAGCAAACAGAUAGUGCGUGCGGCCAUUGAACAGGCUGUACAGCAGCUCUCCCAGGAGAGCCAGCAAAAGGAGAAGGCAACAAACAGCAGUGUGAGCCUGCAGCUUGAAAGAGGUCAAUUAACCAAGAAGCAUGAAAAGAAGUAAACGCCCACUGUUUGUUCUCAUGGAUCCUCCAGUCUGCAGCACUUCCAGCCUUCUUCUUAGUAUCAGCUGUGUUGCCAAUGCAGCCUUAUGGCAGAAAAGCAAGCCAAAGUAUAAUCAGCUCAUAGCGAUAUAUGUGUGUAAAGUUGCAGUAGUCCUCAGCUGAGAAAUAGGGUUUUAAGUGCAUUAGAUAAUGUAACUUGAUAUUUAUGCAGUGCCUCUAACACAUAACGCAAUAAUGCCGUGGCUACUGAAGUCGUGUCAUCUUCUAAGAGUACAGCUCUAUAUUCAAAACAUGUCCUGUACUUCAGUGUAUGCCCUCAGUGUCUAGUUGACUAGGAUAUGUCUCUUUGGAGGUUCCAGUUGCACAGGAGUCCAUUAUAUUGACAGACAGCAGAAUCUGUCAGAAUAUGUGCUUUCAGCCUUCUUGAAGCACAAACCUGGAUGCAGUUUUGAGUGCACACUGUAGGAUACAAAAUUGAAGCAAUAAAAUGGAACUGGAAAUAUUCACAAACAAAUCUCUCAUAAACUUGUUGUCCACCAUUAUUCAUUCGUCCAUUCACUCACUCACUCACUCACUCACUCACUUGAGAUAUCUGUCGGGCUGAGGUCUUUCAAAGCAGUUCACAUAUUAUUAAAAACACAGAGUUAUCCAGUACAGAGGUAGGCAUGCUUAAGCUUGCCAAUUCCAGCACUUACUCUUUUCAUUCAUAUUUUUAAAAAUAUGAAACUAUAUCGGGCACAAUCCAGAGAAAGAUAGGUAUUACUGGGUUCCAUAAAAAUCAAUUGAACUUAAGGAGUUUUAACUCUUUCAUUAAAUUAUUUUUUAUUUCAAUCAGCUAAGAAUGCCAAACUCUUUUUAGACUGUGCUCCUUCCUUGGUUUCAUUUUAUUUACUUAUUUAGUUAUUGAGUUAGUUUCAUUUAUGAAAUUCCUAUACUGCUCUUCAGCAAAAACUUUUUCUAAUGCUAAUUCACAUGAAUUUAAAUAUAUAGCAGCUAGUUCAUAUGCGGAUUUAUAGUAUGUUAAAAAUCAGUGGGCAUUAUCUAGCAACUUGAUGAAUAACUCUUGAUUCAUUUCCAAAAGGCCUGUGCAGGGAAAGUUCACAGUGGAGUUGCCUUAAGUAUAAGAGAACAAAAGAAGGUGGCAAUAGAGCUUUGCGAGAUGAGAAUAUAGUAGUCAUAAGCAUUCCCCAUGUUAAAAGGAAGUUUAACAUGGCUAUUGGUCACUUAGGUAGAUGAGGUACCAUAGUUAGGAUGUUUUGAAGGAAAUACCACAAUAACACAGAUGAAGUUUUUCUGCUAAGUGUUUGCUCAUUAGUCUUACUCUAGAGUUGUUCAUUAGUCUUACUCUAGGGCUGAUCUGAACCCAGUUUGACCCAUUGAAAAUAUCUUCAUGGCUGCAGCCCAGGGGUGUAACGAGGCUGCAGUGGGCCCAGAGACAAAAUUUUAAAAUGGGCCCCUCGCUGAUACACACACACACUCACUUCACAUGUGACUUGCCUCUGGGGGGCCCCUCGAGGCGUGGGGGCCCCCAGGCAGCCACCUCCCCUUGCCUAAUAGUAGUUACGCCCCUGCUGCAGCCAAGUAAUUCAAAAGCACAGAUUACACUUCAUGUAUGCAAUGUCUUCUCUUCUAUGAAGCAGAAGAAUGCUUCUCGGGAGAUAUGCAGAGUCAUAUUGUAGGAGGGAAAUGGGAAGCCAGUGCAUGUAUGGGCUUUGGAUCAUGUUCACUGUAUACAAUAACUGUAAGCAUCGAGAAAAAGACAUUGCUUCACUAUUCUCAUGCUGGGCUUUCUAUAUUAUUUUGGUCCAUGAGAGCCUUCCAGGCAGUUAUACUUGUCAUAUAUAUCUAGUCCCUGUAUAAAAGGCAACCAGAUAUUAAGGUGCAGUCUCACAGUCUGUUUUAAUGUUUUGAAUAAAUAUGACAAAA